ACACGACACGUUUGUUUUCAUAUACAACCACCCGUUUGUUUGCGUACUGUCAUGGACACGUGUUUGUAAAGGACUGAGCCUGCAAAAUAUGGCAGCACCCGGUGGUUAUGGAGGACCUCCACCUCAACAAUGGAAUGCCGGCAUGGGGGGACCACCUCCGGCUGAUUUUCGACAUGGUCAAGGGCCACCAAGGCAUCCACUGGCCCAAGGCCCACCUCAGAGAGGCCCUCCACCAAUGCAAGGGAUGCCACAGUUUCAGGGAUAUGGUCAAGUCGGUGGUUUCGGACAAAUGGCACCGAUGCCUCCCCCGCCGCCGCCACCACCACCACAAGGAAAACCACCUCCAAUGGAAUUUACAGACUUAGCCAACUUGGACGAAGCAGCAUGUAAACAAGCUAUGAUUGAAUUUGUCAACCAGAAUUGUUGCUAUGGCAAGAAACCAGCCAAUGAAAUGAGUCUUUCUAAAGCCAUAGGAUUAACGGCUUUACAUUAUACACUUGAGACAUUCUGUGAAGGAAGGGACACGGGAUAUGUCAAUGAACCAUAUAGAGGUGGACCUGUGGAUGGACCCCAGAAUGGCCCACCACCUCCUCCAUGGGCAAUUCCAUGUCAACCAAACAGAAUGUUUGAAACCCACACAAAGGAAAUGGAAGUUCCACACACAGCUACUGUCAGGCCUUGUCAUGACUGUGAUGCCCGAGGAUACCACCGAUGUUGGAGAUGUGGUGGAUGGGGUCAGACUCAUUGUGACAGUUGUGGAGGUGAUGGACGGGUUAUGCGAACUGACCACGAGGGGAACCAGCGUAUGGAAGGAUGUCACAGAUGUGGAGGGGACGGUCGUUGUCACUGUGAUACAUGUGGUGGAGAUGGACGUAUUACAUGUGAUACUUGUGAUGGAUACAGGCAAAUGAAGUGCUACAUUAAGUUAACAGUUACAUAUACCAAUCACAACGUAGACCACAUAAUAGAAAGAACUGACAUGCCUGAUGAACUGGUUAGAUGUGCCAAAGGUGAAACUAUUUUUGAACAAGUGAUGACGCAGGUUUUUCCAAUCACCUCAUACCCUGUGGUGGAGAUUAAUGAUAAUUCUGUUCGAUUGGUCAAUUCUCAUAGAACUGCAUUUCCAAAUGAAAGACAGCUUCAGCAGAGACAAAGAUUGCGUGCUGUGCCAGUAACUGAAGCUAACUACACCUGGGAGGACUUUAGUUCAAGAUUCUGGGUCUAUGGACUAGAAAGAAAAGUCCAUGCACCUGAUUACCCUCAACAAUGCUGUUGGGGAUGUUCUAUAUUGUAAAUCGUCAGAUAACAAAAGGUUUUCUGAUGUUCUUUCUCUUUGUUAGGUAUUUUGAGUAAAUUUUGUAUUGCCUGAUUGGAUCUGUCAAAACCAAUAUUUUCAUUUAGUGUUCAAUCAACUAUUAAACCAGGAAUAUAUAAAAUCAUCAAUCUGAAGACUAACUAUUAUGUCUGUCUGUAUCUGUAUUGGGAUUAUUUCAUUGGGUAAAAACGAAAUAAUAUUAUGUAUUAAAGAGCUAUUAUUUUCACAUAAUCAUAUACACAAAAAAUUGAUUGAUUUUGUUUACUCAUUGUUUUUACGAUGUUUUUACUGAUACGAGACUUAUGACAGUCUCAAGAAGUAUUUUGUUUACAUUAUAUAUUUUUGAUGUUUCUGAUAUAUAAUAACAAUAUUCAUAUGAGUUGCAUGAUAACAUGCUGCCAAAAUAUCUUUACAAAAAUACUGAACCGGCAUUAUCUUCUUUAUCAGAUAUAUUGACUUUUUAUAUAGAAUGCAUUUAUCUUUAUUAUUACCUUUUCUUUCUAGCAAGCUGUAAUGUGUUGAUUUUUUACUGUUAGGUCUUGAGUAUACUGUUUUUUAUAUCAUUUCUGAAAUUAAGUGAAUUCUUUGCAAAUUGUCAAAUUAACCUAUUUUUUCGGAUAAAUACUGAAAUGUGACUCUAACUUUGCCAAGUCUAAGUCUCUAGCAUAUUCAUUAUUGGUAUGGUCUUGUAUUUAAUGUCAUAUACCUAUUCGUUAAGUAGCUAUAGAAUAGUUAAGAUGAUGUUUUGCAAUCUACAAAUAGAGAUUACUAUGUGUGCAAUAUGUUAUUCAAAUAAUAUUCAACACAUGUUUUAUACUUGAAGGAGAAUUAUCAAAAUUGCAAGUUGCAAUCAACUAAAGCAUAAUAAUGAUUAGCAUUAACUCAAAUUUAUAUUUCUUCAAAAACACUAUGAUUAAUAUAUGAAUACAUGUAUGUAGAUAAAUUUAUUGUGUAGAAUGACAGUAUUACAUGUUCAACAAUCACCUUUAUUCUGUGAUAGUAUUUUUAUUAUUUUAUCUUUUAAUCCAAUGAGAAUAUAAACUGUUAGUAGUAAUCCUAAAAUGCAAAUGUAUUUUUUUCAAUAUAACUUUCAACUCUUA